CUGACAAAAUAUCCCAAAACCUCCUUUUAGGGACAUCCUCAUUUGAAAAAAAAAAUGCAUAAAAAUAAAGUAAUUAAAGUUUUGUGGCUGAUUUGUUAGUAUAAAAAAAUUGUGUAUUUUUCGUAUUUCCCAUUCAUUUCCUAUUGGCAGUCAUGUUUGACCGCUAGAAACACGUGUGACUUUUUUUUUAAGACCCUUUCGCCUUUUUAAAUUGUUCUUGAUUUAUUUGUUCACAUAGCCAGUGUGACAAAAGUCACCAAGUUUAACACCAUUCUGAUGGUAACAAAGAUCAUUUAAGUGUUGAUGUUGUGUUGACACGGGCAGGUGGUUUUGCUCUGUGAUGAACUCUGUGACAGUGACACUGAAGUGUGCUGUUUCUGUCCCAGAGUUCAGUUGCUCCACAGGUGGAGGUGUGCUGUGAGACGGAGCUGGAGAGACCAUUAGCGCCAUCUACUGGUGAAAAAGAGAAGUAUAUGAAGGCCCUGAAUGAGACCAUUGCGAUGGGGAGACGCUCCACAUGGGCUUCAGUUAGAGAAGAAGAAGAAGCAUUGGACAGCAGAAGCUGUGUUGAAGCUGUGAAACAUCUUCUGUUUCCUAUACAAACCUCUGAAGAGAUUCCUGCUGGAAACCACAAAGGCAUAUGCCACGGAGAGGAUGCCAUGGAUGAAGACGUGCUCCAAAUCUGCCAUCAGAAACACCAAAAUAUUGAGGUUGAAGAUGAAAUCAAGGAAACGCCAACUGAAGAAGAAGCCAGCUCACAAACCCAAGAGAUUCCUGCUGCAAACCAAGAAGAUGAAGACCUGCUCCAAAUCUGGGAUCAGAAACCCCAAAAUAUUGAGGUUGAAGAUAAAAACAAGGAGCCUGCAUUGGAAGAAACCAUCUAUGAAACCCAAGAGAUUCCUACUGGAAAUCAAGAAGUGAUGUGCCAUGAAGAAGACACCAUGGAUGAAGACGUGCUCCAAAUCUUGAAUCAGAAACACCAAAAUAUUGAGGUUGAAGAUGAAAUCAAGGAAACUUCAAUGGAAAGUCCAUCUAAAGGAGAAGAAACCAACUCAGAAACCCAAGAGAUUCCUGCUGGAAACCAAGAUGAGAACAUUCUCCAAAUCUGGGAUCAGAACCACCAAAUUAGUGAGUUUGAAGAUAAAAACAAGGAGCCUGCAAUGGAAGAAACCACCUAUGAAACCCAAGAGCUGGAGAAUGAAAUGUUGGUGUCGUUCCACAACAACAACAUUGAGAGUUUUGAUCAAGAACAAGUGUUUUCAGACUCGUUUGAACUUUCUCAGCUCUUGUUCUUCAAUCAAGAGGAACCUGCGGAUGAAUCCAUCAACGUCCAACCUUACGGAGAAUUUCCACUUUAUAUGAAGUCUGUAUCAUCAACUGCACAGAACCAGAUGGAAGACCAACCUCAAGAGAUGAUGAUCAACGAUAAAGAUGAAGAAGCUUCCUCAUGUUCCCAUUUGAGCGAGCAGCCAAGGUUUCAAACAUCAGACCUUAUGGAGACAAACGUGCAUGAACUGGAUCCUGGACCAAACCAGGAAAAGGAAGUUGCACAGGAAAUAAAGCAUAGUGCUUCUACAGCACCUCAUAUGGAGGUAACCAAUCCCAGUGUGCACUGGGGUCACCGUGUGUGAUGGAAUAACACUAAUGAUGG